AUCCAGAGUAUCAAAAUAUUAUUUUGCUCAGUGUGCGGCAAGGGUAUGUUUUUGAGGUUUUAUUUCCUCGUGACGAAAAACACUGCUGUGUUAUGAUUACCUUGAAGCAUAAACGGAAUUAACGAACGUUGGAAGCUCUGUACGAUUUGCAGUGCGUUAAGCGGGACUUGAGGGUGCCUGCAAAUAAGUGAAGGAAAAUGGACUCUGUUAAGAUUCCAUUUCUAUUGCUGAUGCUUUUAUUAGCUAAAUGUGACUCAUGUCCUGGUCGAUGCCAGUGCUGCCUGAAUGACAUAUGCGGGGAUUACUUUGGCUAUAACCAGGCGUGUAAGGAUGGCUGCAAAAAUGGAUAUUAUCAGCCCCGCUGCAUGUGGCUAUGCUCAGAACACUGUCAGUAUUGUGGCCAAAUGGACGGUGUGUGUCUAAUAUGUCAGCCAGGAUUUUACGCACCAUCUGACGAGUGUUCAAAUGCCUGUGAAUACAGAAACUGCGCGUGUGCUCAAACCGAUUGUGAUUAUUGCCUUGAUGGAUUUUACGAUGUAAGCCAACAUUGCAAUUCGGCUUGUUCAAAAGGAUGCAUUGAGGAAAAAUGCAAUGAUAAUGGCUCAUGCGACUGUGUGGAAUAUUUUAAAGGAAAUACAUGUGACAUGUGUGUACUAGGGAAAUACGGAGAACUUUGCAAUAAUGAUUGUAUCAACGAUAAUUGUGGAUGCACAAAUUCAACCAAUUGUAUUUCCUGUAAGGCCGGUUACUUCUCUUCUCUUUGUUCAAAAUCGUGUUCCGUAGGUUGUAAGAAUAUUUGUAACAAUGAAGGUCACUGUUCAUGCCAUUCGCAAUUUACCGGAAGCAACUGUGAAAACUGCAAACCUGGAUAUUACGGCGACAACUGCACCACUCCAUGUACAAAUGGUUGCAUCAAUGGAACGUGCAAUAGAGAUGGAACUUGCGACUGUUUAUCCAAUUUCACCGGUGCAAGGUGCGAAACCUGUGUUGUAGGACAUUAUGGUGAUUCCUGUGAUAAACCAUGCGGGCUAGGUUGUACAGGAAACAUCUGUAACAAAGACGAUGGCACAUGCAUUUGUGAAUACAACUACAAAGGUGCAAUAUGUGAUAUUUGUAACGACGGCUAUUUUGGAAUUUAUUGCAACUCAUUUUGUCCGGAUCGUUGCUAUAAAUGCUCUUCAAUUGAAAACUGUUUAGCGUGUAAAGAAGGUUUUUUUGGUUUAGACUGCACACACCAAUGCUCGGCUAAUUGCUUAGGAUCACAUUGCGAUAAAUGCUGUGGCCUCUGUACAGAUGGUUGUAUGGAUGGAUUUACAGCCGCCGCUUGCAAUGACAAAUGUGAUAGCAUUUGUAAAGCAUGUUCUCAGACUAAUUCUACACACUGUUUAUCAUGUUUCGGUGGAUAUAGCGGACCUUCUUGUAAAUGUCUACCAAACUGUCAAUGUGAAUUAAACAGUGAAGCAUGCAAUGGGUGUACUAAUGGUUUCGAAAUCGAAAGCAAAUACUGCAAAUGUAACAAAAAAUACUGUGUUGACUACUUGAACUGCCCAUCAUGCCUCAAUGACUCGUUUUAUACAUAUAAUGGUACAUGCUGUGAGUGUAGCACAAAUUGCAGAAAUGGACAGUGCGUUUCAGAAGACCAGUGCUUAAAUGGUUGUGAGGACGGAUAUACCGGUGCAGACUGUGCAGAUUUAUGUAUAGAUUACGAUGUAAAUUGUAUAAAAUGUGGUCAGGUUGAGCGGUACUGUGUUAUUUGUGAAAGCGGGUUCUCACCAAACACAGAAAGUGUAUGUGCAAGACAAUGCAGUGAUACAUGUUUUAACAAAGAAUGUGAUGCUAAAACAGGCCAGUGUCUUCAAGGUUGCAAUGAGCGGUACUGGGGUCAUAACUGCAACAAUUCAUGUCAUCCUUCUUGCAUAUCCUGUCUGCAGGAGAAUGGAACAUGUACACGGUGUGCAAACAACUCUUUAAUAAGCUUUGGGGAUCACUGUGCAACACAAUGUAGUGAAACCUGUGUCAACAAAUUAUGUAAUGAUACAACAGGCCAGUGUCUCCAAGGUUGUAUUCGCAACUUUUACGCCGAUAAAUGCGAUUUAGAGUGUCCCUCGACAUGCGCAUCUGAACCCAACAAAACAAGAUGUGACAACUACGGUCGAUGUCUACAUGGCUGCAGGGAAGGUUACAAAGGGAUCACCUGUGCGAGUGCAACAUCGACGCCUAAAUCCGAUGCAUCAGUUGGAAAGUUAAUCGGGGGAACUGUUGGUGGGGCAAUUACAAUUGUAUCUGUGGUCAUUGUCAUCGUUGUGUUUCUGUACAUGAAAAGGAGAAAACUUCAUAAGAAACCGUCUGAAAGUGGAAACCAACGUGCAUUCCGUAAUCCUAAUCCAUUUACCAUAGAAGAUCAAGAAAUGCACUAUCAACAAUUGAGCAACCGACAUAAUACAACGGCAGGCGCACAACAAUUGAGCGUACGACAUAAUACGACGGCAGGAGUACAAGAUGAAGCGUACACUGAACUGCAAACAAACAACAUGGACUACGAGCUUUUGGAUAUUUAAAUGAGACAAUGUUUUCUUUAGCUAAUUUUCUUAGUUCAAUAUCAUUUUUGGAUUAUUUGAUCAAUUUCGUUUUAUCGUAUAUAAUAUAAGUAUUUACAAUCUUAAUGACAUUAACUUAGAAUUAACUAAUGAUAAACUGGCGUUAUGAAA